AUGGGGCUCGAACGUUGUGUAUGGAGCUUGCUACUGUUCCUUGCGAUACUGCAUAAGGUGUACAGUACAGUGCAUCCAAUUUCAUUAACAUGUGAACCACCGACAUGUCGAUUCAGCGGACUGUAUUACGCUACUCCGGAGGAAACGAACACUUUGACUAUAGAAUUUGACUCUGAUUAUUACAAUCAUGUUCAUUUCGAAAACUCAAUCCUUCCUGUCAUACCGUUGACCCUGUUUUCGAAGGACAGCAGUGUUCAAACGCUCAACAUCUCCAGGUGUGAUCUGUACGAGGUGUCACCCAAAACGUUCCGGGACGCAGCUGACCUAAAGUAUCUCUACCUUGACAACAACCGGAUUGAGAAGCUCUACGAUGGCAUGUUUAUUGGGGCAAUCAAUUUGGAAGAUCUCCGUUUGGCGAACAAUCAUAUCAAAACGAUCGAACAGCAGAUGUUUUUUGGAUUAAACGAGCUGCUGAAGUUAGAUUUAUCUGGAAACUUGAUACGAUCGCUCCCGAGAGGCAUCUUUGCUGAACUUAGUAAACUAACGAAACUGUCACUGGCAGACAACUACUUAUCGCAUCUGGAGGAAAAUAUGUUCUCGGGAAUGACGGCGUUAGAAGAAUUGGACUUGAGCGGUAACAUUUUACGUAUCUUAGAGGCGGAUGCGUUCAACGGACUGUUGAACUUGGAGCGGUUAAUUCUGCAAAAUAAUCUUCUAGAGGUGAUAGAUUCGCAAGCCUUUAGUCAAUUAGAAUUUAAGCUCAAGCAUCUGGAUUUGAGCAAUAACAAUUUGAAGUCGUUAUCUAGUGAUGUUUUCAGACCGUUGAGCAGCUUGGAGACUCUGGAACUAGAUCAGAACUAUAUUUCUUAUCUUGACGAUACAUUGUUCGAAGGCAAUCCCAAUUUGGAGCUGAUAAAUUUGAACAAUAACACGAUCACCACACUAAAUCCAGCCCUUAUUGCAAGUCUGAGCAAUCUUGACCGGAUCGCGUUCGAACAUAACCUGUUGCGAGAGUUGAAUGUGCAAAUGUUUGCGAACAAUUCGGCAAUCAUGCUUAUAUGGUUGACAGGAAAUCAUCUGAAGGAGAUACAUCCCGGUACGUUUGAUGGCAUGGGGCACUUGGUAGAGCUGUACCUGAAAACCAACUUGCUCACUUCCUUUGAGGGAGGUUUGUUGAAGGAUUGCAGUGCAUUAAGGGUACUCGAUUUGUAUGACAACUCGAUCAAACAUCUAAAAGCUGGUGCGCUGCAGGGUGCAGUUAAUCUACAGACUCUCAACAUGGAUAAGAAUGAGAUAACAAUCAUCGAUGAACACUUCCUGGACGAUGUGCCACAAUUAGAAAACCUAUCACUGGUUGAUAACUUCAUCAAGAGGGUACCUGUGGGGCUUUUUAGCAAACAAACCAAUCUGAUGUGCAUCAUGCUAUCGGAAAACCAGAUAAAAGAAGUGGAACCGGACACUUUUAGUAUCGUGGAUAGUUUAAAGGCGCUGCACCUUGAUGGAAAUCAGAUCGAACAUAUCGAAGCAGGCGUGUUAAAUCUGACGAGUCUCGAGUACCUUGAUCUGUCGCAUAAUUUAAUCAAAGAAUUGAACGAGGCCGCUUUGGCAGGGGUACCAAAUCUAGAAGCAUUAAGGCUGGAAUCGAAUCUCCUUGAGGACGUCCCACCUGCUAUCAACAAAUUCGUCUUGUACGAUACGAAUUAUUCGGGUAUGAAUAGUGUUAAAUUCGGUUCACUGAAGAAUCUAGAAUUUUUGUCGCUCAAUAGAAAUCCCAUGAUUGGGGUAGAUCCAGCAUUCUUGGUUGGCUUGAAGAAACUAAAUCACUUUGUGUUGAGUUAUACCGAAAUCAGCUACAAUGGCAGCUAUUUCCAGGCACUUCCGAGUUUACAAAUUAUGGAUCUUAAGGGUAACAACAACACAUCCAUCGAUGAGCAUUUCUUUACAGGAGUACCUGGAUUGGUUUCCUUAGACAUUCAGGAUAACCCGUUACAGUCGAUUAGUGUAAAUGCAUUCCGAAAUCUGAGGAAUCUCACCGAGCUGUUCAUUGGACCGUACAAGGGAGAACUGAAGGACAUACUCACGGGUAAUACAGAGUUGAGCAAGCUGUACCUGAAACAAAUGAACUUUACCAACUUGUCGGAUCAAUUCUUCCGGGCGAAUCGGAAGUUAACAACGAUGACGAUUGAUGGAAAUCCGAACCUCUCUGCACUAAAGCCAGCCUGGUUUAAGCAUCUAUCAUGCCUGGAUUAUCUGGAUGUUUCAUCCAACAACAUUUCCGAUCUUCCAAUAGAGGUGUUCGAGAAUAUACCCGUUCUGCAUCAGCUGUUCCUAAUGAGCAACCCUCUGAGAGUGCUGGAUGUGAAUGCGUUCCAAAAUCUGACUGCAUUGACAUUGCUCGAUCUGGAGAACACUUCGCUCGCUGAACUUCCUGUCGGAAUAUUUGAUGGACUGUACAAGUUGGAAGAGUUGUACUUGAGUGAAAAUCACCUUGCAAACCUACGGAAUGGCACUUUCCGACAGCUGUACUCGCUACGUCUUCUGGAACUUUCCAAUAACUCGAUCGAACAUAUCGAUCCGUUCCUGUUCGCAGAUAUGCCAAGACUGAAGGAGAUUUAUCUGUCGUACAAUAAGCUGACUUCUCUGGAUGAACGUGUAUUUGCUUCUCAAUUAACUUUACAGGAACUAUCCUUGUCGCACAAUCGGAUUGUUACCUUUGAUUUGCAUGCGAUGAGCACGAUUGCACGUACACUAGUCUACCUUGCUUUGGAUACGAACAAGCUGAACUCAUUGAAAAUCUCUCCAAACUUGGAGUAUCUUACAGCAGACGAUAACCAGCUUUCAACGGUACUGCUACCCGAUUCGGACUACUAUCGAAUGACAAUAUUAUCAGUGCAGAACAAUAGCUUCACCUCGCUGGAGUCGAUCUACCGAUUCAAUCGAUUGCACGAGCUCAAUGUGACUCUGAACAGAAUUGCUAAAGUGGAUUUGGCGUUGGUGGCAGAGAAGUUCCAACGAUUGAACGUGUUCAAUGCAUCGUUGGCAGCCAUCGAGUCAUUGGGAAGUACGAUAAAGGCUUACGAACAUAGGACAUUGCGGCAUUUAGACCUGUCGAACAACACACUCACAGGGGUUGAGUUUAGUAAGCUGGGACAGUUUCCGAUGUUGGAUAGUUUUGCAUUCAGCGGAAAUCCUGUUGGAGAGAAGGACCUCUUACAAUUGGUGAACAAGUUCCCGAAGCUUCGCUUGGUCGACUUAAACGGUUUGGGUUUGAAGCCGAUCUUUGCACAGAAGAUUGCCAAUUACAGGUCGAACGAGAGUGGAUUUGAAAAUUGA